AUGAGUUCAGGACAGUCAGCAGUUGGUUCUAUAUAUUACUUUGAAACAGAGGUUAGGUUAUUUCAGUUGUUGGUUGAUAAAGGUGUUUGGCUUCCCUUCUAUGUUUUCUCGACAACUAGUAUUACUAUUACCUUUUUAUGUUAUAGUUAUUGUCACAAGACUAACAAUAAUAAUAAUAGUAAUAAUAAUAAUAAUAACAAUGCAUAUAGUGGUAAUAACAACAGUACCAUAAAUAAUAGUAAUAACAACAAUAUAAUAUAUAGACCUUUCAAGAGAACUGAUUUGCCAAGUUUAAGAACUUUACAACUUCAAUUAUUUCCUGUUAAAUAUAGAUCAUCAUUUUAUCAAAAGCUUAUACGAAAUGACUUUAUUUGUAUAUUGGCAUUUAGAUGUACUAGUAGUAGUAGUAGUUUAAAUAACCAAAGUGAUAUCAAUAAGAUUGAUAAUGAUGAUGGUAUUGAUAAUAGCAGUUGUAGUAGUGGAAGUGAUCAAGAUGAUAACGACAACAACGACAACAACAACAACAACAACAACAAUAAUAUAGAUGUACAAACUUAUGCAACACCUCCUUCAUCACCAACUACUACUACUACUACCACGACCACCAACAAUCAAGAAGAAGAAGAGGAGGAAGAAGAGGAAAGAGACAAAGAAAGUACAAUAACGAUCAAAGAAGAAUUAAUUGGAGUUGUUUGUUCAAAGAUAUCUUCAAAUGAAGGUAUUUGUUCAUUGUUUAUGAGUCAUUACACUGGUUAUAUUCUUACGCUUGGUGUAAAAGAAGAGUAUCGAAAAUUGGGAAUUGGAAGUGUUUUAUUAAAUACAAUGUGCGAAUAUUUGUAUGAUAGACAAUGUGAAAUAGUAUCAUUACAUGUAAAGUUUGGUAAUGUGGCUGCAUUUCAAUUCUAUCAAAGAAAUGGAUUUUCAAUCGAGGAAGAGAUUGUAGAUUAUUAUCUUAUAGAUAGUGUCAAACAUAAUGCUUUGAAAAUGACAAAAGAGGUUGUUAAACCAAAAUCAAAACUUUCUUGGUUAAAUUGGUUUAAUCAACUUUCUCUAGCUGAUAAUAAUAAUAAUAAUAAUAAUACAAAUAAUAAUAAUGAUAAUACAAAUAUUAAUGAAACCAAUAAUAAUAAUAAUAAUGAAAGUAGGCGUGAUUUUGAACCAUAA